CCUCUUCAUCUUCUCUCGACACGUCCUGUUCCUCUUUUAUAUGUCAUCAAUAUAGACGCUUCGCUUAAUUUCUGUGCGAGGAAGAGGACAAUAAAGGAACAGGAAGACUCCACCGAUUCAAACCACAAUAAAUUAGAAGAGAAAGAAAUCCAAUUGAUUAUCACGGAAAAGGAAAAAAAAGAAAAAAGAAUAACGACCCCAUUGUCAAAUUUUUGUGAGGUAUAGAGAUUUGAAACCCCGUCAUGUUUUCUAAAUCUUCUAAAUGCUUCAGCUUCACCGUGUACAGAGAUUGGCUUUACCGUUAUUCAUUCACGAACGCCGGACUCCGAUCGGUUAUAACCGACCUCGGUGAUGGGACCACCAUGCAUUGUUGGGUUCCCAAAUCCCUAAAACCGAACAAACCUUCGCUUAUUCUCAUCCAUGGAUUUGGGGCAAACGCAAUGUGGCAAUACGGUGAGUACCUUCGGCAUUUUGUCCCCCGUUUCAACGUCUUCGUGCCGGACCUCCUCUUCUUCGGCGAGUCAUCUACGUCGCGUCCCGAGCGGACGGAGUCGUUUCAGGCUCUAUGUGUGAAGAAGCUGAUGGAAGCACAUGGGGUGUGGAGGAUGAACGUGGUGGGGAUUAGUUAUGGUGGCUUUGUGGGGUACAGUGUGGCGGCGCAGUUCCCGGAGGCGGUGGAUAAAUUGGUGUUAUGUUGCUCUGGGGUAUGCUUGGAAGAACAGGAUAUGAAAAAUGGAUUAUUUAAGGUUUCGGAUUUGGAUGAGGCUACUAGCAUUUUGGUGCCACAGACGCCUGAGAAGCUGAGGGAACUGAUGCGGUUUUCGUUUGUGAGGCCUGCCAGAGGCGUGCCUUCUUGGUUCCUUACUGAUUUCAUUGAGGUGAUGUGUAUGAAACAUGUUGAAGAGAAGAAAGAACUCAUUGCAGCAAUACUCAAAGGUCGACAACUUUCCAACCUUCCCAAGAUCACCCAGUCUACGUUAAUUUUAUGGGGAGAUCAAGAUCAGGUGUUCCCUCUGGAAUUAGCCCUCAGAUUAAAGAGUCAUAUCGGAGAAACUGCUCAAAUGGCAGUUAUUAAGAAUGCAGGGCAUGCUUUGAAUAUAGAGAAGCCUAAAGAAUUUGCCAAGCACUUAAAAGCAUUCCUUAUUGGACCACAGUCAUGCAGCCACUCACCUUCUAUCAAAGAACAGAUUCAGAAGACAAUAUUUGAUUUCCACAGGUCAUGA